CUCCACAUUGACUCUGUACCGGUACACCCUGUAUAUAGUCUCCACAUUGACUCUGUACCGGUACCCCCUGUAUAUAGCCUCCACAUUGACUCUGUACUGGUACCCCCUGUAUAUAGCCUCCACAUUGACUCAGUACUGGUACCCCCUGUAUAUAGUCUCCACAUUGACUCUGUACCGGUACCCCCUGUAUAUAGCCUCCACAUUGACUCUGUUCUGGUACCCCCUGUAUAUAGCCUCCACAUUGACUCUGUACCGGUACCCCUUGUAUAUAGCCUCCACAUUGACUCUGUACCGGUACCCCCUGUAUAUAGCCUCCACAUUGACUCUGUUCUGGUACCCCCUGUAUAUAGUCUCCACAUUGACUCUGUUCUGGUACCCCCUGUAUAUAGUCUCCACAUUGACUCUGUACCGGUACCCCCAGUAUAUCAGCCUCCAUCAUAAUAAUAUAAUAAUCACUGAGAUGCUGAGAUAACAGAGAUCCAUCUCCGUCCGUUAGCUUUUCUGUCUCAGAUGAUUUUCACUAACUUUUCUAUAUCUCUCCCUUCCCCUCUAUCCCGCUAUUUCCUGUCCCUCCCUCCCUCCCUCCCUCCCUCCCUCCUCCCUCCCUCCCUCCCUCUCUCUCUCUGUCCCUAGGUGCACAGAGUGAGGAGCGUGAGUGUGCCUUCAACGACCAGCAGCAGCAGUAUGAGGAGCAGCGUGUGGGAGGAGCAGUGGGAGGAGCCGGAGGAGCAGGGGGAGGAGCAGUGGGAGGAGCAGGAGACUGGCCUAUGACCAGAGAGAAUACUACUAUACGCUGCAGUAAGGGCUCUCGAUGUUAUGGCCUGUGGGAGAAGACUAGAGACGGAGAGAUACACCUGGUCAAACAGGGAUGCUGGACUCACAUCGGGGACCAGCAGGAGUGCCAUGAUGACCGUUGCGUGGUUACCACCACUCCGUCUCAGAUCCAGAACGGGACGUAUAGGUUCUGCUGCUGUAGCACCAACAUGUGUAACGUCAACUUCACCGAGGACUUCCCCCCGCCCAGCCCCACCUCUGCACAGCUAUACCCGCGGCCGCUGUACCGCGAGGAGACCAUCGUGAUCGCCCUGGCGUCUGUCUCCAUAGUAGCGGUGCUGAUCGUGGCGCUGUUCUUCGGGUACCGCAUGCUGAGUGGAGACAGGAAACAGGGACUACACAACAUGGACAUGAUGGAGGCCGCAGCCUCAGAACCCAGCCUCGACCUGGACAGUCUUAAACUACUAGAGUUGAUUGGUCGUGGGCGGUAUGGCUCAGUGUAUAAAGGUUCUUUAGACGAGGGUCCCGUGGCGGUCAAGGUGUUCACCUACCAGAACCGUCAGAACUUUGUCAACGAGCGAGCCAUCUACCGUGUCCCCCUGCUGGAGCACGAUAACAUUGCACGCUUCAUCGUAGGAGACGAGAGACUCACAGCCGACGGACGCGUGGAGUACCUACUGGUCAUGGAGUAUUACCCUCAUGGUUCUCUGUGUCAGUACCUGAGUCUGCAGACAGGAGACUGGGUCAGCUGUUGUCGCCUCACACACUCUGUCACACGGGGGCUGGCCUACCUGCACACUGAGCUGCUGAGAGGAGACAUCUACAAGCCAGCCGUAUCUCACAGGGACCUAAACAGCAGGAAUGUUCUAGUAAAGAACGAUGGGACGUGUGUGAUCAGUGACUUUGGUCUGUCCAUGAAGCUGACAGGGAACCGCCUGGUCAGGCCUGGAGAGGAGGAGAACGCUGCCAUCAGUGAGGUGGGUACAGUCCGCUACAUGGCCCCAGAGGUUCUGGAAGGGGCGGUGAACCUGAGGGACUGUGAGUCGGCUCUGAAGCAGGUGGACAUGUACGCCCUGGGCCUCAUCUACUGGGAGACCUUCAUGAGGUGUACUGACCUCUUCCCAGGUGAGGCGGUGCCCGACUACCAGAUGGCGUUCCAGGCCGAGGCAGGGAACCACCCCUCCUUUGAGGACAUGCAGGUCCUGGUCUCCAGAGAGAAAGAGAGACCCAAGUUCCCUGAAGCCUGGAAGGAGAACAGCCUGGCGGUACGUUCCCUGAAGGAGACCAUGGAGGACUGUUGGGACCAGGAUGCUGAGGCCAGGCUGACCGCUCAGUGUGCAGAGGAGCGCAUGGCUGAACUACUGCUGAUCUGGGACAGGACCAAGUCUGUCAGCCCCACGGUUAACCCUAUGACCACAACACUGCAGAACGAGAGGAACCUGUCCCACAGCCUCAGGGGUCCUAAAGUCAGCCCCUACCCCGACUACUCCUCGUCCUCCUACAUCGAGGACCACAGGGUGAAGAACCUCCCCGGUGGAGACACCUCUAUGUCGUGGACCUCCUCCAUCGGCAUCCUAGGGGGAACCAACAGUGCCCCCGCUGGCUAGAAGUUCUAUACUCCAUCAGAGAUGAUAACAGCAGGCCCGAUCUGCUAUAUGAUACCCGAGAUGAUAACCAGCGUCUCCUCCACCUAGCAGUUCACCAUCAUGACCUCUAUCUCUGAGUCAGGACACGUCUCCUCCAGCACACUAGGUGGUGCUGUGUUGGUGCCGGUGUUUCUGCAGCUGACCCAGGAGGACUUGGAGAGCACCAAACUGGACCCUAAAGAGGUUGACAAGAACCUGAAAGAGUCUUCUGAUGAGAACCUUAUGGAGCACAGCCAGAAACAGUUCUCUGCUCCAGACCCCCUCAGCUCUGGGUCUUCCUCCCUGCUCUACCCUCUCAUCAAGCUGGCUGCGGAGGUGACAGGGGCCGGGCCUGGGGCCCAGGGAGGGUCUGGGACCGGGGCCAGUGGGAUGGGGGACCCUCCAGCUACUAUGUUUCCCCUGCCCAAACAGCAGAACCUCCCCAAGCGGCCUAGCAGCCUACCACUCAGCACCAAGGCCAAGCAGGGCCCUGGUUCCUCCAGGCUGAAGCAGGGCUCUGGUUCCUCCAGGCUGAAGCAGGUAGAAACGGGCGUGGCCAAGAUGAACACGGUCGCCCCGGCAGCAGAGUCAAACCUGGUUACCUUCACCAACAAUGGAACAACCGGGGUUGGGGUGGAUGGGGUGUGGAGCGGGGUGGGCGUGUUGGUCGUCAAUGGCUAUCUGAACGGAGGUGUGGCCUCUUCAUCUGGAGGCGGGGCUCCGUACGGGAUGACCAAUCUGGCGGGCUUCCAGAGUGAGGUGGGCGGAGUAGCCCCGCUGUUACAGACCCAACUCAGCGGAGAGGACAGUCGACUCAACGUCAACUCCAGUCCUGAUGAACAUGAACCGCUGUUAAGGAGAGAGCAGCCCGCCCCAUGUGACCAGAGACCAACCAAUCACCUGGUGGGACGCACCAACAACAACAACAACAACAACAACAACAGUCUGGUGGACCUGGCUAGCAGAGGGAUCACGUGUCCACCUGUAGAGGCACAGCCUGAGCCCUUUGCUUCUGACCCCACCCCUAAAGCUGUCUCUGUCCCUACCCCCACCCCUAAACCUGUCUCUGUCCCUACCCCUAAACCUGUCUCUGUCCCUACCCCUAAACCUGUCUCUGUCCCUACCCCUAAACCUGUCUCUGUCCCUACCCCCACCCCUAAACCUGUCUCUGUCCCUACCCCUAAACCUGUCUCUGUCCCUACCCCUAAACCUGUCUCUGUCCCUACCCCUAAACCUGUCUCUGUCCCUACCCCCCUACCCCUAAACCUGUCUCUGUCCCUGCCCCCCCCCACCCCUAAACCUGUCCCUGUCCCUGUCCCUACCCCUGUCUCUGUCACUGCCCCCCCUGUCCCUGUCACUGCCACUCCCCCUAUCUCUGUCCAUCUCCCUGUCUUUGCCUCUAUACCAGCAACAACAGUCCCAGAGCCCCAGCACGAGGCCCCUGUACACCAGGAGGCUGCCCAGCUCCGACAGCCCAAACCCAGACGACCUGAGAGACCCUGCUCCCUGGAGCUCUCUGCUUCUUUCUCUUCACACAACAGCUCCUCAGGUGAUUGCUCGUCACUGGGUGACCGUGGAGGGUCAGGUGAGAAGAUCAAGCGCCGCGUCAAGACACCGUACUCCCUGAAGGGGUGGCGUCCCACCACCUGGGUGGUCUCCACGGAUACGCAGGUGGACGAGGUGAAGAGCUACAACAACAAGGAUGCUGCCAAGGCUCCUCGCUCCAAGUCCUCCACUGCUGUCUACUUGGUGGGGGGUGGGACUACCACCGCUACCAUGUCUUCUGACCCCUGUGACCCUGGCAUUACCUGCCUGUGAACCCUGACCCCUGGGUGUGUGGCUAGAGGGAGUGGCCAGAUGAUAGGAGUGUGUUCAUAAGCGCCAGCUGAUAGCCAAAUAGCCGACAACUCAGUGACUCUCAUGCGGCCAGCUACUUCAGUGACUUUAACAAAUUAGGGUGCAUCAGAUGCCCUUCCCCCGCACCCCCCUGGGUACUUUAUUAAUUAUGCUGGCUACUUCCGAUUUUAAGAAACCCACCGAGGAGUGUGUGGCCAGAGAAGGACUGUGCCUACAGAGGCUACAUUGAGGAGGGUGUAGCCAGAGAAGGACUGUGCCUACAGAAGGCUACAUUGAGGAGGGUGUGGCCAGAGAAGAACAGUGCCUAUAGAAGGCUACAUUGAGGAGGCUGUGGCCAGAGAAGGACUGUGCCUACAGAAGGCUACAUUGAGGAGGGUGUGGCCAGAGAAGGACUGUGCCUACAGAAGGCUACAUUGAGGAGGGUGUGGCCAGAGAAGGACUGUGCCUACAGAAGGCUACAUUGAGGAGGGUGUGGCCAGAGAAAGACUGUGCCUACAGAAGGCUACAUUGAGGAGGGUGUGGCCAGAGAAGAACAGUGCCUACAGAAGGCUUCAUUGAGGAGGGUGUAGCCAGAGAAGGACUGUGCCUACAGAAUGCUACAUUGAGGAGGGUGUGGCCAGAGAAGGCUACAUUGAGGAGGGUGUAGCCAGAGAAGGACUGUGCCUACAGAAGGCUACAUUGAGGAGAGUGUGGCCAGAGAAGGACUGUGCCUACAGAAGGCUACAUUGAGGAGGGUGUGGCCAGAGAAGGACUGUGCCUACAGAAGGCUACCUUGCGGAGGGUGUGGCCAGAGAAGGACUGUGCCAACAGAAGGCUACAUUGAGGAGGGUGUAGCCAGAGAAGGACUGUGCCUACAGAAGGCUACAUUGAGGAGGGUGUGGCCAGAGAAGGACUGUGCCUACAGAAGGCUACAGCUGUGUCUCAAAUGGACCCUAUUCCCUAUAUAGUGCACUACCUUGGCCCAGAGCCCCAUGGCAGCAUGCUCUAGUAUUCAUGCUCUAGAGUUUCCUGGUUACCAUUCUGUCAGGAGAAGAAAUGAUGUGAAAUGAAACAAAGAAAGAUAAUCAAUUAGCAAGAAAGAAGCAUUUCUAAAACGUUUCUUUAACCUCUUGAUUCAUCCCCGAUCCGGGAUCGUGAAUACAGCCUCAAGCUCAUUACCAUACAUGAAAAUCGCAAAUUAAAUGAAAGUUUAGCCUUUUGUUAACAACACUGUCAUCUCAGAUUUUCAAAAUAUGCUUUUGAACCAUAGCUAAACAAGCAUUUGUGUAAGAGUAUUGAUAGCCUAGCAUAGCAUUUAGCCUAGCAUUCAGCAUGCGACAUUUUCACAAAAACAAGAAAAGCAUUCAAAUAAAAUCAUUUACCUUUGAAGAACUUCAGAUGUUUUCAAUGAGGAGACUCUCAGUUAGAUAGCAAAUGUUCAGUUUUUACAAAAAUAUUAUUUGUGUAGGACAAAUCGCUCUGUUUUGUUCAUCACGUUUGGCUACGAAAAAAACCUGUAUCCAGGAGUGUAAUUCUCUAGGCAAGCUCAUUAGCAUAACGCAACGUUAACUAUUCAUGAACAUCGCAAAUGAAAUGAAAUAAAUAUAUUAGCUCUCAAGCUUAGCCCUUUGUUAACAACACUGUCAUCUCAGAUUUUCAAAAUAUGCUUUUGAACCAUAGCUAAACAAGCAUUUGUGUAACAGUAUUGAUAGCCUAGCAUAGCAUUAAGCCUAGCAUUCAGCAUGCAACAUUUUCACAAAAACAAGAAAAGCAUUCAAAUAAAAUCAUUUACCUUUGAAGAACUUCAGAUGUUUUCAAUGAGGAGACUCUCAGUUAGAUAGCAAAUGUUCAGUUUUUACAAAAAUAUUAUUUGUGUAGACAAAUCGCUCCGUUUUCUUCAUCACGUUUGGGUAAGAAAAAAAACGAAAAUUAAGUCAUUAAAACGCAAACUUUUUUCCAAAUUAACUCCAUAAUAUCGACAGAAACAUGACAAACGUUGUUUAGAAUCAAUCCUCAAGGUGUUUUUCACAUAUCUAUUCGAUGAUAAGUAAUUCGUGGCAGUUUAGUUUCUCCUCUGAAGAAAUGGAACGCGCAUGGACCUGGAGAUUACGGAAUAAUUUCGACGCAGGACACCGGGCGGACACCUGGCGGACACCUGGUAAAUGUAGUCUCUUAUGGUCAAUCUUCCAAUGAUAUGCCUACAAAUAUGUCACAAUGCUGCAGACACCUUGGGGAAACGACAGAAAGGGCAGGCUCAUUCCUGGCGCAUUCACAGCCAUAUAAGGAGACAUUGGAACACAGCGCCUUCAGAAUCUGGGGCAUUUCCUGUAUUUCCUGUACUUCAUCUUGGUUUCGCCUGUAGCAUUAGUUCUGGGGCACUCACAGAUAAUAUCUUUGCAGUUUUGGAAACGUCAGAGUUUUUCUUUCCAAAGCUGUCAAUUACAUGCAUAGUCGAGCAUCUUUUCGUGACAAAAUAUCUUGUUUAAAACGGGAACGUUUUUAUCCAAAAAUUAAAAGAGCGCCCCCUAUCUCGAAGAAGUUAAAGAACUUGCUUUAAACAGAACCUAGCUAUUCUAGAGCAACAUUGGCUGCAAGCUGCUUGCCUAUUGUCCUGUAGCCCGUCCCAGCCUUGUGCAGGUCUACAAUUUUAGCCCUGAUGUCCUUACAUACAUAGCUCUCUGGUCUUGGCCAUUGUGGAGAGGUUGGAGUCUGUUUGAUAGAGUGUGUGGACAGGUGUCUUUUAUACAGGUAAUGAGUUCAAACAGGUGCAGUUAAUACAGGUAAUGAGUGGAGAACAGGAGGGCUUCUUAAAGAAAAACUAACAGGUCUGUGAGAGCCGGAAUUCUUACUGGUUGGUAGGUGAUCAGAUACUUAUGUCAUGCAAUAAAAUGCAAACUAAAUACUUAAAAAUCAUACAAUGUGAUGGUCUGGAUUUUUGUUUAAGAUUCCGUCUCUCACAGUUGAAGUGUACCUAUGAUAAAAAUUACAGGCCUCUACAUGCUUUGUAAGUAGGAAAACCUGCAAAAUCGGCAGUGUAUCAAAUACUUGUUCUCCCCGCUUUAUAUCCUGGUUCCAUUAUAAAUGCUGUUCCAUUAUAAAUGCUGUUCCAUUAUAAAUGCUGUUCCAUUAUAUAUGCUGUUCCAUUAUAUAUGCUGUUCCAUUAUAAAUGCUGUUCCAUUAUAAAUGCUGUUCCAUUAUAAAUGCUGUUCCAUUAUAUAUGCUGUUCCAUUAUAAAUGCUGUUCCAUUAUAUAUGCUGUUCCAUUAUAUAUGCUGUUCCAUUAGAAAUGCUGUUCCAUUAUAUAUGCUGUUCCAUUAUAAAUGCUGUUCCAUUAUAAAUGCUGUUCCAUUAUAAAUGCUGUUCCAUUAUAUAUGCUGUUCCAUUAUAAAUGCUGUUCCAUUAUAUAUGCUGUUCCAUUAUAAAUGCUGUUCCAUUAUAAAUGCUGUUCCAUUAUAAAUGCUGUUCCAUUAUAUAUGCUGUUCCAUUAUAUAUGCUGUUCCAUUAUAAAUGCUGUUCCAUUAUAAAUGCUGUUCCAUUAUAUAUGCUGUUCCAUUAUAUAUGCUGUUCUGGGGAAGGGUUCUAAAAAAAUGUCUGGGGAAGGGUUCUAAAAACGUCUGGGGAAGGGUUCUAAAAAAUAUCUGGGGAAGGGUUCUAAAAAAUAUCUGGGGAAGGGUUCUAAAAAAUGUCUGGGGAAGGGUUCUAAAAUGUCUGGGGAAGGGUUCUAAAAAUAUCUGGGGAAGGGUUCUAAAAAUAUGUCUGGGGAAGGGUUCUAAAAUAUCUGGGGAAGGGUUCUAAAAUAUGUUUGGGAAGGGUUCUAAAAUAUAUCUGGGGAAGGGUUCUAAAAAUAUCUGGGGAAGGGUUCUAAAAUAUGUCUGGGGAAGGGUUCUAAAAUGUCUGGGGAAGGGUUCUAAAAUAUCUGGGGAAGGGUUCUAAAAUAUGUCUGGGGAAGGGUUCUAAAUAAUAUCUGGGGAAGGGUUCUAAAAUAUGUCUGGGGAAGGGUUCUAAAAUGUCUGGGGAAGGGUUCUAAAAAUGUCUGGGGAAGGGUUCUAAAAUAUCUGCAGCAUCGAAGGUUUCCAUCAUCAUUGUUAUUACUAUUUUUCAAAGGUGCUUCAACAAAGUACUGAGUAAAAGGUCUUAAUAUUUAUGUAAAUGGGAUAUUUCAGUUGUAUUUAUUUUUUGCAAACAUUUCUAAAAAACAGUUUUUUGCUUUGUCAUUAUGGGAUAUUGUGUGUAGAUUGAUGAGGGGGAAAAAACGAUUGAAUUAAUUUUAGCGUAAGACUGUAACGUAACAAAAUGUGGAAGUGGUCUGGAAACGUUCUGAAUGCACCGUAUAUGCUGGUCCAUUAUAUUUGUUGUAUAACCUUUUUUACAAGGUUAUAAAAUAAUCACCUAGUGAAGUCGAUGUGUGAUCAGGUUAAAGAGAGGUCUUAAAACAGUAAGAGAAGAGAGAAGAAGAAAAUGGAUUGAUCUAACGAUCAGUAAUAACAUGCAUCCCAAAUGGAACCCUAUUCCCUAUAUAGUAGUGCACUAUAUAGGGAAUAGGGUGCCUUAGGGCUCUGGCCAAAAGUAGUGCACUAUAUAGGGAAUAGGGUGCCUUAGGGCUCUGGCCAAAAGUAGUGCACUUAUAUAGGGAAUAGGGUGCCUUAGGGCUCUGGCCAAAAGUAGUGCACUAUAUAGGGAAUAGGGUGCCUUAGGGCUCUGGCCAAAAGUAGUGCACUAUAUAGGGAAUAGGGUGCCUUAGGGCUCUGGCCAAAAGUAGUGCACUAUAUAGGGAAUAGGGUGCCUUAGGGCUCUGACCAAAAGUAGUGCACUAUGUAGGGAAUCGGAUGCCAUUUGGGAAGCAUAUAUAGACUGCUCCUGUGGACUACUAUGGAUACUGUAUAAAACAGCAGAUUGACAAUAGAGAAUGUCUUUGACACUGGGUUGGCUGCACAUUGUUUUUCAAUACGUUUAUAGUACAUUUAUAAUGUUUAUAUAUUUAUUUCAACUAAUCUGUAUAUUCUACAUUUUUGUAUUAAAUAAAAACAUGUGCAAUAGGC